AUGGAGAGGGGCCAUAGGGGCGGGCUCAAGUACAAAGGGAGACGAGACAUAACAUGGCAGGGUGGGGGACGUGAUGAUGUCGAGCUCUCGCAAACACAAGCACGAGACAUAACAUGGCAAGGCCCAAUUAAGCCCACAGCAUCGGAUAAGAUAACAAAGUUGACUAAUAAUGUAUACCUGUGUCGCUCUGGCUCGGCAGCAGAUUCACAGAUAGUUUCAGAUUAUGUUCGCUACUUUCUCGACCAACACACGAUACAACUUGGGCAGCCUUCAACUAUCAAGGUUGCUGCAAACCUUGUCAGAUUAUUAUCUUACAAUAAUAAGAAUAUGCUGCAAACCGGCCUCAUUAUUGGUGGAUGGGACAACUUUGAAGGUCGUAAAAUAUUUGGAAUACCUUUGGGAAGGACAAUAUUGGAGCUGCCUUUUGCUAUUGGAGGAUCCGGCUCUUCCUAUUUGUAUGGUUUCUUCGACCAAGUGUGGAAGGAAGGAAUGACUCAAGAGGAAGCUGAGUGGUCAAGGCCGUCUCUCUUGCCAUCUCUUGUGAUCGAUGGUGCUAGUGGUGGCGUUGUUCGGACUGUGACCAUUAACUCAGAAGGUGUUACAAGGAAGUUUUACCCCGGUGACACCCUGCCUCUGUGGCAUGAAGAGCUGGAGCCUCAGAACUCGCUCUUGGAUAGUUUGUCGGCACCUAGUCCCGACCUAAUGGUCAGUUAG